GGGAUGGAAGAGCAGAUAAAGGGAAGAGCGAGGCUGGCCCCAUGGAAGGGAAAGUAGCGAAGGGGAAGAAGGGAGUGUGCUCGAAGACUCAACCUUUUGUCAUCCAGAUGAAGCAACCUUCUGGGGAAAAGGACGCUGGUUCUCCAUCCGGUACGGCAAUGUCUCCUAGUGCUCGGUGGAGUGACUUGAUUGAGAAGGAGAAAGGGGAAUUUUACCCAUCCCUAAAGCAAAAGCCACUGCGUAGUUGGGCUUCGGUUGUGGAAGGGAAUAGGGAUAUCAGUAAAGGAUGGGAUUUGCAAUACAUAAAACCUCAAGAUCCAACUAGUGCUGUGGUUAUUACUGAGGAUGAGUGGGUUAAAGGGUCAAAGAUUUGGGAGAAUGCUCUUGUGCCAAAGGCAUUUAUGCUGCGAAAUGGAGUUUUCUUGUUUGAUUUUGGUAAUGGAGAUGCAAAGCAGGCGGUGCUAGAGAGGCGAUGGACAUUUAAUGGGCACCCUUUGAUUUUGAAACAGUGGACUCCAGAUUUUGAUCUUGACAAUUUGGAUAUCGCUAAAAGGCAAAGAGUGGCUUAUGCUCGUAUGCUAGUAGAGAUGGAAAUCAUGGACACUCUGCCCCGUGUAGUUCCUAUUAUUGGUCUUAAGGGGCAUGAAGAGAGAAAUUGUACUGCUAAGGCAAAAAAGGUGUGGGUUCCAAAAAAACCUGCCAAGGAGCAGGUCGUAAAUCAAAUAGUUGGCACGAAGUCUUCUGAGGGGAAUGAUGAAUUAUGUGGUGGUGAAGUGCAAACUGCUACUAAUUCAGCAAAUGUGAAGCAGAGUACACUUUCACAUACUUCUGGAAAGCUGAUAGUGGAAAGCAAUGAGCAAAGUCCAGUGCAACUGGAAGUGGGAGUUAUGAAGUCAGUGAAUCUGCAGAGUGAGACUAGUACUGGCACAGGGGAUAAAGAGAUGAUGCAAAAGGCAGCAGGGGGAGAAUCUUCUAAUAAAACAGAUUUGAGGGUGACCGAAGUAAUACAAACAGACCAAUUGCUACAUGUUGAAGUAUGCUCUACAGUUGGGGAUGUUAAAUUUUUGUGCACAAUUGUUUAUGCUUUUAAUACUUUUGAUGGUAGAGUAGCAUUAUGGGAUCAAUUUAGAGCUCUAGACGUUGAAAAUGUGCCAUGGAUAAUUUCUAGAGAUUUUAAUACAACUCUAAAUUAUGGUGAAAGGGUGAAGCCUAGUGUAGUUGUUUGGGGAGAUACCUCUGAGCUCAAGGAUUUUGUCAGUAGAAUGGAGGUUUUUGAUUUGCAAUUUUCAGGUGCUUUCUUCACUUGGAGUAAUAAGCAAGGGGAAAAUGACAGGCUGUGGUGCAAGCUGGACAGGGUAAUGGCUAAUUCAACAUGGGUUAGUGCAUUCCCAAAUACUUAUGUUGUCUUUCUAAAUCCACAAUCCUCAAAUCACUCACCCUCUUUAGUGACUGUGGAUGUAUUGAUGAACGAGAAACCAAGGCUAUUUAGAUUUUGCAAUGCUUGGUCUAAGGAUGAAAACUUCCUUGAUCUGGUUAGGGAAGCUUGGAGUGUGGAUAUUCAAGGAUGCCCUAUGUUUGUUCUAGUGCAGAAAUUGAAAUUGGUAACACAGAAGAUGAAGCAGCUACAUAAAAAUAGAUAUGGAAAUUUGGAGGGAAGAAUAAAAGAUAUGGCAGUAGAGCUACAAAAUGUUCAAGCUUCCAUGCAGAAUGCUUUAUUUGAUGAGACUUUGGCUGCAAAGGAAAAGGAACUUCAGCGUGAAUUAACUAAGCUUGAGAGAGCAAAUCUGUUCGUAAUUGCCCAGCAAGCUAAAGCAAAAGAAGGUGUUCAAGCAGUUGAUAUGAAUGUUAUUCGCAGGGGCAAAGUGUUAACUACUGAAGAGUCAGAAGAGUUAUGCCGGCCAUUUACUGCUAGGGAAGUGGAGACUGCCCUAUUUUCAAUUCCUUCUAACAAGUCACCAAGGCCUGAUGGAUUCACUUCAGGUGGGAAAAUCCUCAAGCAAAUUAAUGCCACCAAUAUUACUAUUGUUCCGAAGGUGAGUUGCCCAAAUGUUGUCAGUGAUUAUAGGCCAAUAGCUUGUUGUAAUGUCAUCUACAAGAUCUAUAACGACAAAUUUAUUGAUUUGCCAAGAUCUGUGAUGGAAUAUCUCACAAGGAAAUUGAAGGAGUUAGAUAUGCAGGAGAAGUUUAAAUAUCAUAGCAAGUGUCGAGUGAUGCAACUUACGCACUUGAUCUUUCCAGAUGACAUUAUGCUUUUUUGUAAGGCUGAUGAGGAGUCCACUGUUUUGAUGGUGCAAAAGUUUGAGGAGUUUUCUCGAGUCUCUGGGUUGGAAGUGAAUAGAAUGAAGAGUCAGGUUAUCUUCAGUGGUGUUAGAGAAGGGCAGAAAGUUGCUUUAAUUCAAAAGUUGGGUUUUGCUGAGGGACAGCUUCUAGUUAGAUAUUUGGGGUUGCCUUUGAUUUCAAAAAAGCUGUCUCCUGGGGCAUGUCAACCUAUUAUCGAUAAAAUUCAUCAGAGAAUUGGCUCUUGGGCAACGAAAUUUCUUUCAUAUGCAGGUAGAGUUCAACUAGUUAACUCUGUUUUAUUCCACAUUCAAGUUUUUUGGAGUGGUGCUUUAUUGAUUCCUAAGAAAGUGUUAAAGCUAAUUGAUGCUGCUUGUAGAAAUUUCAUUUGGUGUGGUAAAUGGAAUUAUAAUGCAAUGUCUCCUGUAGCAUAGGAUGAUGUAUGUGUGCCAAGGAAAGAAGGGGGACUAGGGGUGAAGUAGUUGCUGCAUUGGAAUAAGGCAGCAUUAGGCAAAUUGGUUUGGAAUAUAUGUCAACAUCAAGA